AUGCCUACAAAAUGGAAGUUGAACACUGGGGCAGAGAUACCAGCCAUUGGAUUCGGUACCUGGCAGGAUGAGGGUGCGCAGGAAGAGGCCGUAGCAGAGGCACUUAAGGCAGGAUACCGUCACAUCGACACCGCGCGCGUUUAUGGAACCGAGAAGGCUGUCGGCAGAGGCGUCAAGAAAAGCGGCAUCCCGCGCGAAGAGCUCUUCAUCACAACCAAGCUAUGGAACAACAAGCACCACCCAGACGAUGUGGGACCAGCUUUGCAGCAAUCUCUGGACGAUCUGGGAAUGGAAUACGUUGAUUUGUUCCUGAUGCACUGGCCUGUAGCCUGGAAAGCAGGCGAGGAUCUCUUUCCGAAGAAGGAUGGAAAGCCGAUUAUGGAGAAUAUCGACAUCCUCGACACCUACAAAGCAAUGGAACAGCUUCUAAAAACCGGAAAGGUGAAGGCGAUCGGUGUCUCGAACUGCGACAAGUCUGAGAUGGAGCGCCUGGUGAAGAACAGUUCUAUCGUUCCCGCUGUGCACCAGAUGGAAUGUCACCCGUGGCUGCAGCAGCAUGAAUUUACAGAAUGGCAUCGAGAGCAUGGUAUACAUGUCACCCACUAUUCGCCGUUUGGGAACCAGAACAGUAUCUAUGGCGAGAAGGGAAAGGGCGGACUCGGCAAGCUGAUCGAGGAGCCUGUGUUAGCGGAGAUAGGCGAGCAGUACAACAAAACAGGCGCCCAGGUUGCUCUUGCCUGGGGAGUCACGCAGGGCCACUCGGUGCUGCCGAAGUCCAAGACACCCAUGAGAAUCAGGGCCAACCUGGAAGGUGACUUCAAACUGAGCACACAGGACAUGGAGAAGAUUGAGAAACUCAACAAGAAGCUUCGUUUCAAUGAUAGCAGCGAUGACAAAUACAUUAUGCUACCAGCAGCCCAUGGAUUUGCGUUAGUAACCCCUGCCUCACGAGGAUUGGGGCUUGCCUUCGCACAACAGCUCCUGACCCGGACCGAGCUCCCUGUGAUCGCAACGGCCCGUAAGAACUGCAAUGAACUUCAAGAACGAUUACUUUCAAGCAAGGGCGUACCUAAAGAUGCAAAGCAGAGACUCCGCAUUCUCCAAGUUGAUGUAACAGAUGAGUCUACGAUAUCAGCAAUGGCAGACACAAUCCGCCAGGAAUAUCCGAAAAGACCACUUAGGAUAGGAUUAACAAUCCCCGGGAUUUUACAUGCGGAAAAGUCACCCAGUAAAAUCGACUCUGCCAAUGCGCUAGAGAGCUUCAAAGUCAACUCGCUCGGCCCAUUGCUACUCAUGAAGCACCUUUCCCAGUUCAUCCCAUUGAAAUCAUCACCAGAAUUCCCGACAAUAGAAGCCAGUUCUGCAAUCAACUCCCCAGGACCACUGUGGCUACCCUCACAUUCCCUCUAUGCAAUGAUGGCUGCUCGAGUCGGCUCAACAUCGGACAAUGCCUCGGGCGGAUGGUAUUCCUACCGUGCAAGCAAGGCAGCUGUCUUCCAACUGGCCAAGACUUUUGAUUUGCAUUUGCGGGCGAAGAGUGGUCAGAGGGCCAUUGCUGUGGCGUUGCACCCUGGGACUGUGCACACGGAUUUUACCAAGGAGUAUUGGGGAAGCAGGGUAAUGCUGGAGCCGGCUGAUGCGGCUGAAAAGCUGUUGGAGGUGCUUGUGGGGUUGCCAUCUGAGGCCGAAGGGGGGAGAGGGAGGUGUUGGGAUUGGAUGGGGAAGGAGAUUUUGCCGUGA